UGACGAGUAACGUUACGCGGUCGCAGGAUCCAUUCUUCGGUGCGCUUCUCGUCUCGCUGCAAGUCCAAAGGAACACCACCGGUCGGCGGCAAACACGCAGCGUGCACUCUACGGGCCCGAACCAGAAGAACGUUUUGCGACGACAACUGCGCGACAGACGUCCACAUUCUCCCGCCCCCGCCGUCGAACAGCAUUUCGCUCGACCAGCAGCAGCGCCAUGAGGGAAAUCGUACAUUUGCAGGCCGGACAGUGCGGCAACCAGAUCGGCGCCAAGUUUUGGCAAGUCAUAUCCGAGGAACACGGAAUCGACUACUCAGGCUUCUACAAAGGAACAUCCGACCUACAGUUGGAACGCAUUAACGUUUAUUACAAUGAAGGGUCCGCUGCAAAUCGUUCGGAAGGUGGGAAGUACGUACCACGAGCUGUGUUGCUCGAUUUGGAGCCCGGAACUAUGGAAUCUAUCCGGUCCGGACCUUACGGCGUGCUUUUCCGACCGGACAACUUCGUCUUCGGUCAGUCGGGUGCCGGAAACAAUUGGGCUAAAGGGCAUUACACGGAGGGCGCCGAACUCGUGGACGCCGUGUUGGAUGUAGUGCGAAAAGAGAGUGAAAAUUGCGACUGCCUGCAGGGAUUCCAACUGGCUCACUCGUUGGGCGGCGGUACCGGUUCCGGAUUGGGCACGCUUCUCAUAUCAAAGAUCCGCGAGGAAUACCCGGACCGGAUAAUGAACACGUACUCGGUGAUGCCGUCGCCGAAAGUGUCAGACACGGUGGUGGAGCCGUACAACGCGACGUUGUCCGUGCAUCAGCUGGUCGAGAACACGGACGAAUCGUACCUGAUUGACAACGAGGCGCUGUACGACAUUUGCUUCCGGACGCUGAAGCUGACCAACCCCACGUACGGCGACCUCAACCACCUGGUGUCGCUGACCAUGUCCGGUGUGACCACGUGCCUCCGGUUCCCCGGCCAGUUGAACGCCGACCUUCGCAAGUUGGCCGUCAAUAUGGUCCCGUUCCCGCGGCUCCACUUCUUCAUGCCCGGGUUCGCACCACUCACGGCCCGCGGCAGCCAAUCGUACCGGGCCAUGAGCGUGCCCGAGCUCACGCAACAGAUGUUCGACGCCAAGAACAUGAUGGUCGCCUGCGAUCCCCGACACGGUCGUUAUCUCACCGUAGCUGCCAUAUUCCGUGGUCGUAUGUCCAUGAAAGAGGUGGACGAGCAGAUGUUAAAUGUUCAAAACAAAAAUUCCAGCUAUUUUGUUGAUUGGAUUCCUAACAAUGUAAAAACAGCAGUUUGUGACAUACCGCCUUGCGGUCUUAAGAUGAGUUCUACAUUUAUUGGAAAUACUACAGCUAUCCAAGAGCUGUUCAAACGCAUAUCUGAACAGUUUUCUGCCAUGUUUAGACGAAAGGCUUUCUUACAUUGGUACACUGGAGAAGGUAUGGACGAGAUGGAAUUUACUGAAGCUGAAUCCAACAUGAAUGAUUUGAUAUCUGAAUAUCAACAGUAUCAGGAAGCGUCAGUAGAUGAAGAGUACAUAGAAGAAGAAGAAACUGAAGAGAGGGACAUGUGUGAUUAAAUAGAUAGUUGAUUUCUUCGUAACAUAAUCUUAUUAUAAGUAUUUUUUUUUUUUU